AUGUCGAGACACCGCGUCAAGAAUGUCGGGUAUGACGACGAUGACUACGAGGACGAUGAUGGCUACGGCUCGCCUGAUCCUGAGGAGCAGGAGACCCUGCAGCAGUGUACCGCGGCGGUCCUGGAGCAGCUCCGCGCGGGGGAGCCAUCGGUAACGGCGACAAAGGAAGAGAUCCAGGAAGCGCUAUGGCAUUACUAUAACGAUGUGGAAAAGUCAGCAAAUUAUCUGAGAGGCAAGAAGGAGAAGGAGAUUAAGAAGCAGAAAGCUCCUACUAUGCAGAAGGCCAAGGGACAAGCUGGUCUCCCAGUGCCAGGAUAUCCAGCGCCUCUACCUGCUAUAUCGCACUUUUCGGCUGCCGAUUUCUUUCGCGACUGUCCCUGGCUUAAUGUUCCCGCCCACCGCAAGGCUGAUAUACUGGUCGAGCCCCUCUAUCCGCGAAUUGGCCUGCUAGGAGGCGCGCCAGAAGCCGGCGGCAAGGUCUCCAAACUCGCUGCUUUGGCUGCAGCGCGCAAGAAGAAAGAAGGCGAAAAGGCAGCUGCAACACCGGAAGCACCAUCAACGCCACGGCCUGACAGCUCGGCGGCUUCAUCACCAAAGCCACCGGGGACGCCACUAUCUCUUAGUGAAAGGCUUGCUGCCAGCAAGUUGUCGAGGCCGUCUGAUACAAAUGGUUCUUUGCGACGACUGGGUAAACUGGAGCCGUCUGUCUCGACACCAGGUAGACCGGAGCCAGCGCCUGGGCCGAGCAAACCCGCUCCACUACCUAUACCAGAACCAGUCAAGUCAGAAGAGGACGAGCCAAAGGACGAGCCAGAACCCCAACAGCCAACCCCUAAUAUACGCGCUUCCCCAUCCACUUUUGCCAGCGCUAUUGUAGGCAACGCAGCAGGGCCGACGAUGGCGGAGCCCAGCCACCUCAACUCGAACGGCGUUGAUUUGCUUCAGAUCUACGGCCAGGACCAUGCUGAACCUUUUGACUUUGCAGCCCCCAGUCCCGAUGACGUGGUAUUGAAUGCGCAGAACACAGCAAAAGGUCUCAAAUCUAAACAGGCUGCUUCUAAAGCAGCGAGUGGCCAAAAGGGCCAGGCCGAUGUGGCUGGUGGCAUGAAGGAUCUCUCUGUGGAGGAGAAGGUCACCGUUAAGAGCAAAAACCUGGAUGUUCUUGCGGAGUACAACAAGUCUAGGCGAAAGAAGUCGGCUAAUUUUGUGGUGAUUGGGCAUGUCGAUGCUGGAAAGAGUACACUUAUGGGCCGGUUGUUGGCAGAUCAAGGAGCGAUUGAUCAGCGUACAUUGGACAAGUAUCGGAAAGAGGCCGAGCGAAUUGGGAAGGGCUCUUUUGCCCUUGCCUGGGUUUUGGAUCAGGGUUCGGAGGAGCGUGCACGAGGUGUCACCAUUGACAUUGCGACUAACAAGUUCGAGACGGAGAACACCGCCUUUACAAUCGUUGAUGCACCAGGCCACCGUGACUUCGUGCCGAAUAUGAUUGCCGGUGCCAGUCAAGCUGACUUUGCGGUGCUGGUUAUCGAUUCCAGCGUGGGUAAAUUCGAAUCCGGCUUGAAGGGCCAGACCAAAGAGCACGCCCUUCUGGUCCGCAGCAUGGGGGUCCAGAAGAUCAUUGUGGCCGUGAACAAGAUGGAUACGGUGCAGUGGGACAAGGAGCGGUUCGAGGAGAUCGAACAGCAGAUUUCAUCGUUCUUGACGACGGCAGGUUUCCAAGCCAAGAACAUUUCCUUCGUGCCCUGCUCGGGCGUGCUUGGAGACAACAUCACCCGGCGCAGCGACGACCCGCAGGCUACAUGGUACACCGGCCGGACGUUGAUUGAGGAGCUGGAAACCUCGGAGCCAUACACGCACGCGCUCGACAAGCCGUUGCGUAUGACUAUUGGAGAUGUGUUCCGUGGCGGUGUUCAGAACCCCAUUUCGAUAUCUGGCCGCCUAGAUUCUGGUAGCCUGCAAAUGGGCGACCAGAUUCUCACCUUGCCUAGUGGCGAGACGGCCUUGAUCCGCAGUGUGGACGUGGACGGCGAACCCAGUGACUGGGCGGUUGCGGGCCAGAACGUGGUGCUCAACUUGGCCAACAUCGACCCAGUGCAUCUGCGUUCCGGUGACGUUAUCUGCCGCGCUUCAGCACCAAUCAAAACCAUCACGAGUUUCACGGCUAAAGUUCUUGCCUUUGAGCACUUAAUGCCCAUGCAGGUGGAUGUGCACCGCGGCCGCCUCCAUGUGCCCGGCCGGAUCAGUAAGCUGGUGGCUUCGUUGGACAAGGCCUCGGGCACCGCGCUCAAGAAGCGGCCCAAGAUUGUGGGCCCCGGGACUGUGGCGCGUGUGGUGGUGGAGAUGGACCAGGCUGUGCCUCUGGAGGCGCCUACUCGGAUAGUCUUGCGUGCCGGGGGAGCAACGGUGGCGGCUGGGCUAUUGGAGUAG